AUGCGGCGCUGGGCGGGCGGCGCGGACGCCGAGGCCUACUCCUCGGGCGUCCGCGCCUGCCGCGCGGGGUGCCCCUGGCAGGCGGCCCUGCUGCUGCUGGACCAGAUGUGGGCGACGGAGACCGAGGCUGCGGGGCCCACCGCGCGGGACUACGAGCACGUCGCCGCGCUCUGCGAGGGCGCGGGCGCGGAGCCCGUGGCGGCGAGGCUGCGCGGGGAGGUGGCGCAGUGGGGGCGGCGUAGCCCCGGCGAGGCUCCCCGCUUCCAGGUCGUGCCGCCCUUCAUGUACGGCAGCCAGUUCCGCGGGCUGAGGUGCUCGGUCCGGAACCACGUCCCGUGGGGCCUCGGCGAGGCUGUGCCGGCAGCCCCCGAGCGCCCGUGCUGGUUCCUGCCCGCCUCCGACGAGCUGGCCGUGGAGAUCGCCAGGCGCCAGGACGAGGUGCGGGGGGCUGGCUGGAGGGUCCUUACAUGA